GAAAAAUAAAUUGCUUCACUUUUUAUUAAUUUUCACUAUCAGAAAAAUACAAUCUUGCAAAACUAUUCACAAUUGAAUAAUUCUUUUACUAAAUUUUAAUUUUAAAUAGAUAUAUACAAGCCACAUAUAUAUGCUCAUUAAUUUCUGAAAUGACCAAUUUUAAUUUACUUUGCAUAUGACUAGAAUCUCAACUUCUCCAGUUCUGCUUCUUUUACGAAAAUGUAAAACCAAACCCCACAUCAACCAAAUCCAUGCACACAUUAUCACCAAUGGGUCUGCUUGUUUCACUUUUUUAACAAGCAAAAUUCUAGCCUUUUAUGCACUCUCACAAAAUGGAGACAUAAACUAUGCACAAACUGUUUUCAAUCAAAUUGCAUCACCCAAUGCCUUUGAUUUCAAUUCUAUGAUUUUGGGUUUCUUUCAAGAUUCAUUACCUCAAAAAAGUAUUUCACUUUUUGCACACAUGAGUAGCUUGAGAAUUGAACCAAAUAGCCAUACUUUUACUAGUUUGGUUAAGUGUUGUUCUUGUUUGUGCUUGCUUGAUCAAAUUCAUGGUCUGAUAUUGAAAUUUGGGUAUAAUUCUGAUGUUUAUGUUGUUAGUUCUGUUGUUAAUAUGUAUUCCAAAUUUGGUGAAAUGGACUUUGCUAGGCAAGUUUUUGAUGAAAGUAGGAAUGUGAAUGUGGUUUGUCGGACUAGUCUUGUUAGUGGGUAUUGUAGUAAUGGAUUGGUUAGUGAAGCCCGUGAGGUGUUUGAUAAAAUGCCAGACAGAAAUGAAGUUUCUUGUAGUGCAAUGGUUUCCGGGUAUGUUCAGAAUGGUUUCUUUAAUGAGGGUAUCGAGUUGUUUCAAGAAUUGAAGAGUUUUGGUAAUGUGAAGUUUAAUGGGUCUCUUUUGGUUAGUGUUCUUAAUGCUUGUGCAGCUAUAGGUGCAUUUGAAGAGGGGAAAUGGAUUCAUAACUAUGUUGAUAAGACUGGCAUUUAUAGUGAGGUUCAGAUAGACACUGCAUUGGUUGAUUUUUAUGCGAAAUGUGGAUACGUAAAAGAGGCAGUUGAUAUAUUUACCAGAAUGCCACGUAAAGAUGUUACAACUUGGAGUUCUAUGAUUUUAGGGUUAGCAAUCAAUGGAGAGAGUCGAAGAGGAAUCGAGCUUUUUGCAGAGAUGGAGAGAAAUCGACAUAAACCAAACGCCGUGACUUUUAUUGGAGUUCUUACAGCUUGUAAUCACAAAUCUUUGGUAAGUGAAGCUUAUCGUUUAUUCGGACGCAUGAUUACAGUUUAUGGCAUUGAGCCUGUGAUUGAACAUUAUGGGUGCAUGGUUGAUCUGUUAGCUCGAGCUGGAAUGAUUAAAGCAGCGGAGAUAUUAAUAAAUUCAAUGCCGAUGAAACCAGACGGAGCUAUAUGGAACUCUUUGCUCAAUGGGUGUGUAAUGCAUGGAGAUGUCUAUGUGGGGGAGAAGAUAGGGAGAAUUCUUAUCCAAUUAGAGCCUACACAUAGCGGAAGAUAUGUGCUUGUGUCAAACAUGUAUGCAGCCAAGGGCAGCUGGGAGGAAGUAUUUAGGUUAAGGAAAAGAAUGAAAGAGAGGGGAGUAGUUACUUCUUCCGGCUGGAGUUUUGUUGAGAUUGGUGGGAUUGUUCAUAAGUUUGUUGCUGAUGAUAAGUCCCAUUCUCAUUUUGGAGAUAUCUACAAAUUUCUCAACCAAUUGAAUGAGCAACUUCAUUGUUUUUCCAUUGUGGAAAAUGCAUACUUUUGUGAAUAGGUUGAUUUCAUAUGCAGAACCGAAGGCACUAAUGAAGGAUUGAAGAACAAGUGAAAAGGACACAUGGUGAAUGUUGUGAAAGGUUUAAAGUUAUAUGAGGACAUGUUUACUGAUUCCGAGCUGUCUAAGUUGAUGGAUUGUGUUAAUGAACUCCGAGUUGUUGGUCAGAAUGGACAACUUGAAGUUACUUAUAGGGAUAAGUAAUAUCGAAUUUUCUCGCGUUGGGAAAGAAAUUCUGAUUAAAAUUGCGGCACAAGCUCUUCACACGUAUGUUAUGAGUGUUUAUUUGUUACCAUGGGAUUUGAAAAGCCGAGGUGCAUGAGGCAUAGCUUGGAUGAGAUGGGAAAGGUUAUGAGUUCAGAAGAGUUUCGGAUGUAUGGGGUUUAGGAAAAUUCAUGAGUUUAAUGUCUCAAUUUUAGGGAAGAAUGGAUGUCGUAUGCUUACUCAACCUAAUUUCUUGGCAUCAAAGAGUUAUAAGGCUCAUUAUUUUCCAAACACAAGUUCUCUUGAAGCUUCAAUUAGUAACAGUCUUUUAUGUGUAGAAGCAUCAUUUCUGCUCAGAAGAUCAUCUCUGAAGGAACGAUCCGGAGAAUAGUUAAUGAUAGGGAUAUUCAUCAAGGGACAGAUGCUUCACUGCCAGAUCAAGAGAACCCAUUUAUUAUCAUGUCUUUAUGCUGGUUUGAAUGAUUCUCUGGAGUCUUUGGCAAAAUAGAAAUGGAGCAGUUUGGCAUCACAUAUUUAAACCAGCGAAAGAAUAGUAAUUAUGGCAGCUUCUUUUUUGACAGAUCAGUAUGGAAUAUGGAUAGGGUUGAUUUAUAUGAGGAUGAUGGUGCUCGUUGCUGGACUUGACACGUGGAAGGAUGGAAAGAAAACGCAAUGCAGAUGGUUCUCUGGAGGCAACGAUGCAGGCAAUGGAGGAGUUUUGCGAGAUCAUAACGGCUUAAUGACAGUGGCUAAGAGUGGGAUUCUGGAAGGAAUUUGUGAUGCUGGGCUGGCAGAAGUCUUAGGCCUAUAGGAAUUUCUUAGUUGGUUGAAAGAAAAUAGAAUUUCAAGGGUGAAGGUUGAUUUGAGUUACUAUGGUCUUUGGAUUGAUAAAUGUGAAACAGUCAUUUGAUUCAACAAGCAUGUGAAAUGGAAUAAGAGAGAGCAGAUUUCAGCUUGGAAGUGCGUUUUUUGGACAUAUACAAGUAAAAAUCAAACAGGUUCUGGUUAUCAUGGCCUAAAACUUAACUCAACAAACCAACAUUUCGCAGCCAAAGAUUCUGUUGCAUGGAGCCGUAAGACUGUCUCAAAUGGCUCAAAAACCUACUGUAUGAAG